UCGGGUGGGCCUAUUGGGUCGUGGCCAAUCGGUGGUUACAGGGCCCCCGCCCUUAUAUAUAGCGCGCGAGCCCUGCCGGAGGUGGAAGAGGGACAAAGGCUCGGCAAGGAAGCGAGAGAUUUUUUUUGCAGAAAAAAAAGGAAACUGCCUGUGCUGCUCCUGCCUCCAAAGCCUGACGGAAACCGCGAUGGCGAGAAUGGCCGCUUUGUUGUGGAUCGCCGCCUGUGGCUUGCUGCUCUGCUCGUCCUUCUCAGGAGUCGAAGGCAUCGGCGUGAACUAUGGCAUGAUCGCCAACAACCUGCCGUCCCCUGACAAGGUGAUCGCGCUGUGCAAGGCCAGGGGCAUCACCGACGUCCGGCUGUUCCACCCGGACACCGCCGUCCUCGCGGCGCUCCAAGGCUCGGGCCUGGGCGUCGUCCUGGGCACCCUGAACGAGGACCUCGCCCGCCUGGCCUCCGACCCCUCGUUCGCCGCGUCGUGGGUGCAGACCUACGUGCAGCCCUUCGCCGGCGCCGUCCGCUUCCGCUACGUGGCCGCGGGCAACGAGGUCAUCCCGGGGGACCUCGCCUCGCACGUCCUCCCGGCCAUGCAGAACCUCGAGUCCGCGCUCCGCGCCGCGGGGCUCGGCGACGGCGACGGCGUGCGAGUCACCACGGCCGUGUCGACGUCCGUGCUGGGGUCCUCGUACCCGCCGUCGCAGGGCGCCUUCUCGGAGGCGGCGCUGCCGUCGAUGGCGCCCAUCGCGUCGUUCCUGGCGUCCAGGUCCACGCCGCUGCUCGCCAACGUGUACCCGUACUUCGCCUACUCGGCGGACCCGUCGUCGGUGCCGCUCGACUACGCGCUGCUGCAGUCCGCGUCGGCGGCCGUGACGGACGGCGGCGCGUCGUACGGCAACAUGUUCGACGCCAUCGUGGACGCCGUGUACGCGGCGCUGGAGAGGGCCGGCGCGCCGCCGGGCCUGGAGGUGGUGGUGUCGGAGACCGGGUGGCCGUCGGGCGGUGGCGGGGCCGGCGCCAGCGUGGGGAACGCGGCGGCGUACGUGAACAACGUGGUGCGCCACGUCGCGAGCGGGCGCGGCACGCCGCGGCGGCCCGGGAAGGCCGUGGAGGCCUUCGUCUUCGCCAUGUUCAACGAGAACCAGAAGCCCGAGGGCGUGGAGCAGCACUUCGGCCUGUUCCAGCCGGACAUGACCGAGGUGUACCACGUCGACUUCACGGCCGCGUCUUCCUCGUAGACGAACGACAAGAUAGUACGCUGCAUGGAUUAAGGACGCAUUAGCAUUUUUUUUUUCUUAAAUUUUUUGAAAGAAUUUUUUUCUUAAUUUUUAUUUACUGUCGCAUCGACAUCGAUCUGCUUUAUUGUGCACGAGCUAUUUAUUACAAAAUGAUGAUUACUCAGCUAAGGCCUUGUUUA